AUGGAAGUGCACGUGAUUCGCCUCGUUCCCGGCGACAAUUUGCAAGAAAAACUGGUCGAAUUUGUAAAAGCGAAAAAUCUGCAAAACGCGUUCAUCAUCACUUGCGUUGGAUCAUUGACACAAGCAAAGAUUCGAUUAGCGAAUGCAAAUCUAACUCGAGAUUUCGACGGGCAUUUCGAAAUCGUCUCCCUCGUUGGAACAAUCGAUCCUGAUGGAGGACAUCAUCUUCACAUUUCGAUUUCCGACGACAAAGGCGAUGUUUUUGGAGGACACGUUUUCUCAGAUCAUAUUGUCUACACAACGGCCGAAAUCGUCAUUGGAAGCGCGAAGGGCCUUUCUUUCUCCCGAGAACACUGCGAUAAAAGCGGCUGGCCGGAACUUGUCGUCAAGAAAACUGAGUAA